GCCCCCAACCCCUUGCGCAAAGAGGGAGCGCGCCGGGGCCUGGGGGCAGGUCUGCGAGGGCUCGCGGGCCGCUCUGUAACGCUCAGGAAGUGAAGCUUGUGGUUUUGGGGGCUGAGCUCCGAAGGAGAUUAAAAAAAAAAAAAGUCAGAGAGCGGGCUCUCCCGAAAGCCAGAUCCCAUUUGAAAGCUCUCGGAGCGCGGUGCCCGCGCCCUGACCUCGCAGAUCUCCGGGCCGGGGCUAAGGAAGCGCUGGGCUUGACCGUGGGCUGACAGCGGCUCCAGGGACCCUCGGAGCGGAGUAGGGAGAGUGCCGGGCCACCAUGCCGCGCUCAUUCCUCGUCAAGAGCAAGAAGGCUCACAGCUACCACCAGCCGCGCUCCCCGGGACCAGAUUAUUCCCUGCGUUUGGAGAAUGUACCUGCGCCAGGCCGACCAGACAGCACUUCCAGUGCAGGCGGGGCGAAGGCGGAGCCCGGGGACCAUUUGUCCCCCGAGUCGCAGCAAACCGAGGCCCCCGACAGAGUCUCCACGUCCCCGGACAGCUGCGAAGGCAGCGUCUGCGAUCGGAGCUCGGAGUUUGAGGAUUUCUGGAGGCCUCCGUCGCCUUCCGUGUCUCCAGCCUCGGAGAAGUCAGUGUGCCAGUCGCUGGACGAAGCCCAGCCCUUCCCCCUGUCUUUCAAGCCGUACUCGUGGAGCGGCUUGGCUGGCUCCGACCUGAGGCACCUGGUGCAGAGCUACCGGCCGUGCGCGGCCCUGGAGCGUGGCGCCGAGCUAGGCCUCUUCUGCGAGCGCGCUCGAGAGCCGGGCCACCCUGCAGCGCUGUACGGCCCGGAGCGGGCUACCGGCGGCGCGGGGAGCGGGGCGCCAGGGGGCUGCGGCGCAGGAGGCGGCGGCGGCAGCAGCGGCGCGGGCCUGGGGCUCUAUGGCGACUUCGGGCCCACGGCGGCGGGACUGUUGGAGCGGCCCCAUGCAGCGGCAGCCGGGCUGUACCCAGAGCGAGGCCACGAGCUGCUGGCGGACAAGGGCGCUGGCGUCAAGGUGGAGUCAGAGCUGCUGUGCACCCGCCUGCUGCUGGGCGGCGGCUCCUACAAGUGCAUCAAGUGCAGCAAGGUGUUCUCCACGCCGCACGGGCUCGAGGUGCACGUGCGCAGGUCCCACAGCGGCACGAGACCCUUUGCCUGCGAGAUGUGCGGCAAGACCUUCGGGCACGCGGUGAGCCUGGAGCAGCACAAAGCCGUGCACUCGCAGGAACGGAGCUUUGACUGUAAGAUCUGCGGCAAGAGCUUUAAGAGGUCGUCCACCUUGUCCACACACCUGCUCAUCCACUCAGACACCCGGCCCUACCCCUGCCAGUACUGCGGCAAGCGCUUCCACCAGAAGUCAGACAUGAAAAAGCACACCUUCAUCCACACAGGUGAGAAGCCCCACAAGUGCCAGGUGUGUGGCAAGGCCUUCAGCCAGAGCUCCAACCUCAUCACCCACAGCCGCAAGCACACGGGCUUCAAGCCCUUUGGCUGUGACCUGUGCGGGAAGGGCUUCCAGAGGAAGGUGGACCUCCGGCGGCACCGGGAGACGCAGCACGGGCUCAAAUGAGCAGGCUGGCAGGCAGCGGCUCGGCUCGCACAACACUACAAGGGCAGCCCCCCCCAGCCCCCCGCUCCCACCCCGACUUCUCAGGCCUUCCAGGUCAGCUGGUGGCUCCUGCAAGGAUGUCCUGGAGCUGUCGGGGGUGGAGGGGGGCCGAGGAGCAUUUCCGGAGGACAGCCAGAGUGGAGACCCCCAGGAACCUGCUGGGCCUUGAACACCAGAGGGUGCAAAAUCAAGUGGGGGCGGGAUGAAACCUUCCCAGCCCUGCUCCAGAGACAGGGAGAUCCUCGGGAUUCUCCCCUCUUCCUCCAGAUCCCAAGUGGGAGGAGGGGACUCACCUGUUACAAGGUGAACAGGUGGCCCCGUGCUAAUGUGGUUUUCCAGAAAGAUGAAUGAGUGUUACUUUUUUUUUUCUUCUGGGGGUCGAUUGACCCCUUUCUGUUGGGUGCUUGUCUGUAGAUCUUGGGGGGAAUCACUUCUUCUCAAAAACUGGUUCAGGAACUAAUUUGGAGAAGGAGUUUAGUACUUGGGGGAUCAGGAGAUACACUGUGGAGUGUCCCUCAGGAAGGAACGGACUUGGUGAUGAGAGGGGCUUGGAGGCCUCUGGAGACUUCCUUGGAGGAGGGAAAGGCAUGGAGCAAAGCCUGCAGACCAGGUGUCAUUCAUUCAUUCAUUCAUUCAGCGAAUGUGUGUGGACCACCAGCUACCAAGGUACCAAGCACCAUGCUAGGUUCCAGCCUCUGAAAGCUAACAGCUGCACCUGCUAGCGACUGGUCUGCUCUUUCCCCUGGAGAGAACUCUGAGAAGACAACAACCCAGGAUCUUGAACCUUCCCUUUGGACCCUGCUGGAUUUUACCACAUGUAAACAAACAGCGGCUAAGGAGUUAUUUCAAAGCCUCUUGUGUAUAUUCAGUGUUUUCUUGUGAAGCUGAUACUUUUAAGAUGUCUAGCCGACAGGCAGGUGGGAGAGAAGCCUCUGUCUCCAAGGUUCUGCCUCUCCAUGUGGACCACGUGAGGGGAAUGUGGCAUUUUCACUUUGGUGACAUUUGUACGCAUUUUUAGAUCUUCUGGAGUGCAUUAUGUGUGUUUAAUACGUAUUUAUUAGAGUGAUGUUUUAAGUUAAUAAAGUAUUA